AUGGAAGCCCUUGGAUCUUCUAGUCUCGUGCGUUCGUCGUUCCGGUCAUCGCCACGUCGCCAAAGAAGAAUACAAGCUACUCUCCAGGCCCCAAAAACUCCGUCCAACUUCCUCUCUCUUCCCAAGCAUCCAGCCGGGGACUUAGUGGAGGAACUGAAUAUGAGAACUGGUUAUACGGCCAGAACUAGUACUCAGAUAGAAACAUGGCCUUUCAUACCAAUUGUUCAUACUACUACUACUAGUACUACAGCCACGAGAGACGAUGAGGGAAUCUCCAGCUCCAAUUCCGCUUUGAUUUCCGAGCUAUACGCUAUAAUGGAGGCUGUUGCUGACAGAGCCGAGAUGCACGCAAACAUUGAAGAGCAGAGGAAUAACUGGAACCACCUCCUUCUAACAUCCAUCAACACAAUGACCAUGGCUGCUGCCACCAUGACCRGACUUGCAKCAACUUCUGGAAUGGGAGCCCCUCUUGUGGGACUCAAGCUUUCAUCCACUCUGUUAUAUUUGGGCGCUACUGGRUUGUUGUUGGUGAUGAACAAGAUCCAACCAUCUCAGCUCGCCGAAGAACAACGCAACGCAGCAAGGYURUUCAAGCAGCUUCACGGGCAGAUCCGAACAACCCUUGCUCUUGGCACUCCUACUCCAAUGGAUGUAARGGACGCGAUGGAGAAGGUGUUAKCGCUUGACAAGGCCUAYCCACUUCCYUUGCUUGGAGCGAUGCUUGACAAGUUCCCUGAAUCUGUAGAACCCGCUGUAUGGUGGCCGCAACAACGACAACGUGGCCCUGGUGGCAAUGUAGAGAGAAAUGGCUGGACUAAGAAGCUUGAAGAGGAAAUGAAGCAGAUCGUUGGGGUUUUGAAGAGAAUGGAUAGUGCAGAGUACCUGAGGCUAGCCAACGUAGCUCUGAAAAUGAACWGGAUCUUGGCGAUUACUGGUCCUUUACUAACUGCCCUUGGCGCCAUUGGAUCAGCUUUCGUGGGAUCUCCUAAUGCCACAUGGGCAGUGUUGUUAGGUGUCAYUGCCGGAGCUCUGGCAAGCGUGGUGAACACCUUGGAGCACGGUGGACAAGUUGGAAUGGUUUUCGAGAUGUACAGGAGCUCUGCCGGCUUCUUUAGACUUAUGGAAGAGUCUGUUGAAGCCACUCUAAGAGAAAGGGUUGAGAAGAGAGAAAAUGGAGAACUGUUUGAAAUUAAGGUUGCUUUACAGCUUGGGAGGAGCCUAUCUGAGCUUAGGGGUCUUGCAUCAUUGUCAUCAUCUAGAGGAAACAAGGAGACCACAGAAGAAUUUGCAAGCAAACUCUUCUGA